GUUCGACUGCAUUGUGAUAAAAUCUGAGAACACAACUGACAACUUACAGUUUACAGCACAAGACUCUAGAAUUACACGCUUCAUUGUCUUUUUAAAUAUCAAAAUUUAAUAAUAAUUUAUAAAUUUAUAUAAAUAUGGGUUCCAAACGCAAGUCCACUGUAAAGAAAAACAAACGGUUGAAGAAAUUGAAGAAAACCGUGUAUGAAGAACCAGAAGAAUUGAAAAGAGCUCCACAUUCAUUUGUUAUCCACAGAGGACAAAUCGGUAAAAGUCUAUUGCAGUUGGUCAAAGAUUUUCGAAAAGUUAUGGAACCAUUCACUGCUGCUUCAUUGCAAGUUUACAAGAAAAACACAAUUAAGGAUUUUGUGGCCUUAGCUGGUCCUAUGCAUGUGUCACAUUUAUGCGUAUUCACAAGCUCAGAUACCGGAGUUAAUUUUCGUGUGGCCAGAUUACCCCAAGGUCCAACAAUGACAUUCAAACUUGUAAACUAUGCUCUAAGCAAAGACGUUGUGUCGUCUUUACGCAAACAAAUGGUGAAUCCAAAAUUAUUUAGUCAUGCCCCAUUGAUUGUUAUGAACAAUUUUACUGGCGAAGGACUACAUAUCAACCUAAUGGCUACUAUGUUUCAAAACAUGUUCCCUACCAUCAACGUCACCAAAGUAAAUUUGAACGAUAUUAAAAGAUGUGUCUUAAUGAACUACAACGCUGAAACAAAAUUGAUUGAAUUUAGACAUUAUGCUAUUAAAACCGUUCCAGUUGGCCUAUCCAAAGGCGUAAAAAAAAUUGUUCAGAGCAAAGUACCGGACCUAUCCAACUUUGAUGAUAUUGAUGAAUUUUUAUUAAAACCAGAACUAUUGUCUGAUAGUGAAUUCGAAGAGACUACAAGUUCUAAUGUUGUUGUUCCUCAAAAAUUGGUCAGUCGAGGUAACAUAGUAGGUACUCAGUCUUCCAUACGAUUGAGUGAACUUGGUCCAAGACUCACAUUGCAGUUGAUCAAAGUCGAAGAAGGACUCAUGACUGGUGAUGUGAUGUUCCAUGAAUUCAUUAAAAAACCAGAUGAAAAAAAAGAGGAAGCAAAAGAGGACUAACUUGACAACUCAUAACUACAUAACUAUAUAAAAAUGAAAUUAUUUAUAUGUUUUUUUGUUUAUAAUACAAUUAUCAGUUUUUAAUCA